AGCCCGGGGGUGCGGGCACAGGGACCCGGGCGCCCCGCUGGGAGGGGCGGGGGCGGGGCGGGGCAGCACCGCCCCUCACCCGCCAAUCCAGGGCGGUGCGGCCCCGUCACGUGCUGUCGCUGCCGUCCAAUGGGGGAAGGCGGCGCCCCUCCGUCCCGGAUUCAAACUGUCGGUGGGCGCGGCGCGUGCCGCCGCCGGUUUCCGUGGAGACGGCGAGGCCCGGCCGCGUCCAUGGAGCCGAGGCUCGUCGGCCCUGGGCCCUACCGCGCUACCCGGCUGUGGAAUGAGAUAAUAGAACUUUUUCGUGCUGGGAUGCCGUUAAGGAAGCAUCGGUGUCGCUUCAAAAGCUAUGAGCAUUGCUUCAAAGCCUCGGAGGCAGUGGACUGUUUACAUGACCUGCUUGGCUCCAAUCAAAACUUUGGCCCAGAAGUGACUCGCAAUCAAACAGUUAAGCUGCUUAAAAAAUUCCUGAAAAAUCACGUUAUUGAAGAUAUUAAGGGAAGAUGGGGCAAAGAGGACUUUCAAGAUGAUGGCCAUUUAUACAGAUUUCCUCCUUCCUCACCACUGAAGUCCUAUCCAAAGAAAUCUUCAUGUGGAAAAGAAGUAAUUAAAUUUCCAGACUGGAAUGAACCAAAAGCUGGCACUUCCCAAGAACACAUCCCAGUGAAAUCAGUCACAAUGAACUCUGAGAUGUGGUACAAGCGACACAGUAUAGCUAUAGGAGAAGUACCGGCAUGCAAACUUGUGUUCCGCAGAGAGCUAACACAAAGAAAUAUAGAAGAGAUAUGGAAAUCCAUGACUUUGUCACGAUUACAAAAGGUCUUGGGUUUGGAUUCUCUGGAUGAAGUGUUAGACACAAAACUUGUGAAUUCAAAGCAUAUAGUCCAAAAUGCAUACAAUGUCAAUAAACAAGGCAUUGUCACUUUAGAAGACAAAUCAAAGGAACUACCUCACUGGAUAUUAUCAGCAAUGAAGUGUCUAGCAAACUGGCCCAGCUGCUCAGAUUUGAAGCAGCCUACAUACUCAGGAUUUGAAAGAGAUGUUUUCAAAACUAUAGUGGACUACUUUGGCCAGACAAAAGAACCUCUUCUCACAUUUCAUUUUUUUGAUGUUUUUGUUAGUGUGUUAGGUCUGACGCAAAAACACAGCAAGGCCGUAGAAGCUCUUCAGAUAUCUUGUCUCCUGCUGCCACCAGAAAAUCGGAAAAGACUGCAGCUGUUGGUGAGGAUGAUGGCAAGAAUUAGCUUUAACAAGGAUUUGCCGCCUCUUUCUGAAUCAGUGAGGACCAGAACCUUGAUGAUUCAGGCAUUUUCCCGUUGUAUUCUCUGCUCAAAGGAUGAAGUGGACUUGGAUGAACUGCUUGCUGCUAAACUAGUAUCUUUCCUCAUGGACAAUUAUCAAGAGAUCUUAAGUGUUCCUUCUGCCUUAAAAUCUUCUAUAGAGGAACAUGUUGUACAUCUUCAGAGAGUCCAAAUAAAAUACACUGGAGCUGAUACUGAUGCAACUUUUCCUUCUCAACCAUUUUGUCAGCAAAUCAGUACAGAUGAAUAUGAGUACCAAAGAGUAACUGGCUCUCAAGAACCACUGGCUGCUUUACUGGAAGAAAUUGCAAUGAAUAAAGAAAUCUCUGUGAAAGAUAAGAAGAAGAAGCUCAAGCAAUUUCAGAAAUCUUACCCUGAAGUGUAUAGAGUACGCUUUCCUACCCCUGAAACUGAAGCGCUGCUAUUUCCAGAAAAAACUAAACAGAAACCACCAAUACUGAUGUGGGCCUUAAAAAAGCCUUUUCAACCAUUUCACAGAACCAGAAGCUUUCGGAUGUAAAUUGUCUGAAAUAUAUCAGCGGACAGAGUCAGAGCAUAUUUUCAAUGGAUCUUAUGCAAGAGGAACCUGAGCAGCAUGUAGUUAAUCAAAAAACUACUGGAGAUACUGGUGAGAUGAUAUAAAAGGUCAAAAGAAGAGGAAAGUAUUGAGGUGGUAGAAAUGUGAGCCAUUAUCAGUAUUUUUGUAAAUAAUUACUUUUUAAAAUGUUUGUUAUUUUUAUAAAAAUAAAACAAAACAAAAACCAAACCCCAGCAAACUCAAGGUGAUUAAUCUACAUGGGUGAUAAAGUACACUUGCUGUAGUUUGAUUUGACCAUUAUUUCAAGGUCUAAAUGUAUUUGUUUGUAAUGUAUUGUUGGUAAUUAGUCAAUAGCUUUUUUUUUUUUUUUUUCCUGAAACUGAGUCUCUUGCAUAAGAUGGGCUGUGUUCUUUCACACAUAGCUUGAGGAAUUAAUUUGUUGUACCUACUUGAAUAAGUAUGAAACACUGGAUUUUAUUUUGCUGUUGUACACCUUGGUGUUCUUGAUAUGUAAGAUUUAUUUUGGAAAACUGUAAAAACUCAUUCUUAAUUUUCUGAUUCAUAUGAUGCAUUACAUCUUGAGUCAACUCCAGUUGAGAUUCCAAUAACUUCUGUAGCGCUGACCCAUUCUUCUAAUCAAGCCAGUGCUUUAAGUCUUUUCCCACAUGCUGUUACUAAAUAUUGUCAUAUAAAAUUGGAUGCUUGACAAUAGAACAUAUUUUAUCAGAAAAAUCUAAAGCCUUGCAUUUCCUCUGGAAAUGGAAUUCAAAUAUUGAAGUGACAUUGAGUCAUACAUGCCUUUAAUAAUUUCAUCUGGUUUGCAUUAUGAAAUCUACUGUACCUGUAACUUGACUGUGCAUAUACUUGAUUCUGACAGCACUUUAGAGAUAUUAAAGCAUUACCAUUUCCCCAUAUUUACUUAGAGUGAUGAUUUCAUAUUAUCCAUUAGAGAUUUAAAGAGCAACAUUUCAUACCUUGUGUAAUGUCAGAGUAUGCUAUGCAGGAGAGAAAACAGCUGGCAUCUCAACAAAUUUCUGAUAUUUUAGUAAGCAACACAGUGACUGUCCUGUAAUGCAACAUUGACAGUAUUUUUACUUUGCUAUCCUCCUAACCAGUCAAUGAGCUUUAAGAUGUACAUUACAAGAUUGUUGGUUUAACAGAUUGGAAUAUUUCUUGGGCAGUGUGAUUUUGAACAGUAUAUUUUUCCAUGAUCUGUUUUCACACAUCAGUUAUACUUGGACUUCAUACCAAUAAUAUUUUUCUUAAGCAAAAUUGAUACAAAAGGGUACACUUUUCAAAUAAUAAGGAAAUAUUAAAAUUAAUAAUAAAAGUAGUCUGAGGCCACUUCUUACUUUUAGUACUAAGUCUUCAAGUGUGACAUAACCUUUUAGAUGUGUCAUAAAAUUCUGUAUAUGCUUACGUGCAGUCAAAUUGCGAUUACACUACUGAUAUAAUAAUUUGGUUACAGCACUAAUCCGUGAAGUGUAAAAAUGAGUAAGGAUUCUUGGAAAGCCAGUGUUGUAUAAAAGCGGAAACCUACACUAAGUGAUCUCUGACAUCAGUUCCUAAAUUACAGAGGAGAAAUAAGUGGAAGCCAAUCUAUUUGCCAUUGGAAAUAAUCUCACUGUCUGCCAAUAAACCUUCUAUUAUCAUGUUGAAUCUU